CGGUACCCGCGGAAUCUGACCGCUGUUGGUCUGACAUUUAGAAACGGGUGCGAGUACUCUAUAACAUUCCGGCGUCACUGAGUAAUAAUGUCAAACCAAAGAGACUUUGUUCUUAGGGCGGUAUAAAAGUAGGUCUCAGGCUGCCGGUACCGUCACUCGUAACUUACACAGGAUUCUGGUAAAAACUUCUUUAUAAAAUUUCUCGCAGAUAUUUUGAUCCAAUGGCAGUGUCUAUGUUGUUGGUGUGUGCGUUUGUGGGGUUGGUGUCCGGUCGAAUGACCGAUGAUUUGAUCAUGAUGAAGACCGCUGACACUGGAACGGAUGGAAACACGGACGCGGUGUCUUCCACUAAGGACGAUAUGGGUAGUCAAAAUGACGCUGUGGAAGUUAACGAUAUCACGAAUGAAGUUUGUUAUGAUGUCCUGGGCCGAGAUUGUUUCCGAUAUAAUGAUGAUCAAUGUGUGGGCCCAUACGAGACAUGGGCCAGACAGAACUGUUCCUUGAGGUGUGGAUACUGUGCUAAGAAGUUGCCCUGCGUGGACAAGAUAGACUACUGUGACCAGUUUGUAGAUGAUGUUUGUCAGAUUGAGCUGUACGGACAGUAUAUGAGGGAGAACUGUCGGAAAUAUUGUAACAACUGUAGAGCUCCAACAGAGUACUUAGUGUCCAGUACAACUACCACAACCACUCCAGUGCCAACAACUCCUACCACUCCAUACAACCCGGUGUCAGAAUGGUGUCAAGAUAGAUUGAACUGUUGGUAUUUCCCAGAUGAGAAAUGCGUGGGCAAUUACGAGAAUUGGGCCAGAAAAAACUGUGCAUUCCGAUGUGGAUACUGUCCAGGUUUUUACCCUCCCUGUGUGGAUUUGGAUGUGAACUGCGGGAAAUUCACCCCGGGGUCCUGCACCAACAUCACAUACCGCGCCUACAUGAGGAUAAACUGCAGAAAAACGUGCAAUGCGUGUGUCUAUCCUGCACAGAAUCUGAAACCGAACACACACCCUGCUCCAAUGUUCCCUAAGACCUCUACUGUCCCCACCACAAUCAAAACCCGCACCCCAGGACCAACAGAAACUAUACACCCCAUAAACCACAUUACAUCGACUAUAGGGCAAGUUCCUACAACUACAAAUAUAGUACUACCCACAGUGGAAGACUGUAAAGAUGCUAUCAACUGUACUGGAUACUCAAGAGAAUCCUGUCUUGGAAUUUUCAAAACAUGGGGCCUCACAAACUGUCCCAGAACUUGUGGAUACUGUACAGCUUCUACGGAGUGCCGGGAUUAUGAGGAAUGUGACAAGCUUCCAUCUGUCUUGUGCACGGAUCCCUCAUAUCGUAAAUUUGCAGAAAGGACAUGUCGUAAAUUCUGUAAUAUAUGUACAGAAAUUGCUGUGUCCGCCAAGCCUGCUGUCACAGGUGCAACUGAGGCGAUGAUGGUGCCGACCAAACCUUCAGGGUUAGGGUCGUACACGACAUAUGUAUCCAUGACAACACAACAAACCGCCUCUGAGCAGCCUUCCUCUGAACCUGUUCCAUCCAGACCAUCUAGCUAUACAACAGGUAAAACAUGCAACAAGAAUUUCCACGGCACAACAAUCCCAUCAUGCUGCACUUCGUUGUGUUCCUGUCCCGAUGUCACUUUGACCGGUACCGUCCGGGAUGCCAUGACGAGAAACACACCAAUGGUCAACGUGUCGGUCUACCUCUUUGAUUGUCUUUGUGCACCUCUGACCACCUCUAAUGACAACGGUGACUACUUGAUAAAGGGCGUUUGUUUGAAGGAAGGGGACGUGGCUAGGUUCGAGUUUCCUGGAUACGCAUCAUUCCUAAGAGAUAUCACAAAUCCUCAAAACGACGACCAUUAUGUUUCCUUUGGCUACAUGAUUCCGCUGAUUCCAAAGACGGCAGUUGCAUCGGGCGUGGUUCCAGAUGGAGGGAGUUAGAUGGCACUGCCGGAUAUUAGCAGCACAUUGUCUGUUGGAGUAGUCUAUGCACGUCAGUUUUAAAGGGAACUCAAGAUCAUUAUUUGGGAAAUAGACCUGUAGGAAUGGGUAUCUUUAUUUGAAAUUUGUAAUUUUUGAUAAACUGUCAGAAGUUCAAUAGAUAGUCUUGUGUCGCGUGAUAGAUACAGGCACAGUGUUCUCUAAUUGAUGUCUUUUGUCAAACUUUUCUUUCGAUUUGCUUUUCACUAUAUUCAUUUGUCAUCAAUUAUGUAUUUAGAUGUAUAACUAAUGUGUAAUAUCAUUAAAGUUGUCUGUGUAUCUGUAAAUCAUGUGCACGUUUCAGGUUAGUAAUGUAUGAAUUAUCUCCCUUA